CGUAUGUUUUUAUCUUUGGUGAAUAUUGUAAAUCGAAUGUUUAUUGUCAAUGGAAGAUUUCGUUUGUGAAUUUGGAAUUUGGCUGCUGUUUUUGAUGAUGAUUUUAAAUUAAGUCACUAUAAAUGCUGUUUUAGAAUCGUUGGACUCCAAUUUGUGAGCAACAAACAUGCAAUACAGGACGAGAAUCGUGACAUUCUCUAAUGUGUUUACUGAAAUAUUUUUUUUUAAUUUUUUUGUGUAAUUAAGGCACUAGAACUACUAUCGAUCUUGCUAGAAGGAGAAAAUGGAACUAUCCAUUUUACAGACUUUUGUUAGUAGCUUGAAGAGUUGCAGUUUUAAACUUUUUUUUUUUCUUUUUUUUUCAUAGUGGUAUUGUCAGAACAACUGGCAGUAUAUGAAGCAGUCGGGGCAGCUAUUUUAUGAACUCUAGAAGACAUAUCACACUCACGAUGGAUCAACCCGAUGACCGGACCACAAACCUCAUCGUCAACUAUUUGCCCCAGAGCAUGACUGAAAAAGAGCUGUUCAACAUGUUUGUAACGAUCGGCCCCGUCGAGAGUUGUAGAGUGAUGAAGGACUUUAAGACCGGCUACAGUUUCGGAUUUGGAUUCGUCAACUUCACCAAAGCAGAAGAUGCAGCCCGAGCUAUCAAAACCCUCAACGGUUUAGAGAUACAGAACAAGCGCCUGAAAGUCUCCUAUGCCAGACCAUCAGGAGAUGAAAUCAAGGGCACCAACGUGUAUAUUACCAACUUGCCCCGCAACAUAAACGAGAAUUAUCUAGAUGGUCUUUUCGGUAGCUUCGGUAACAUUGUACAGAGGAACCUGCUGAAGGACAAGGUGACGGGAAUGCCGAGGGGAGUGGCGUUCGUCAGGUACAACCUGCGCCAGGAAGCCCAAGAUGCCAUAAACGCACUGAACGGCACGAUCCCGGAAAACGGCAAGGAGCCGCUGGUGGUGAAGAUAGCGGAGGAGCACGGGAAGCAGAAGGCGGCGUACUAUGCCGGCUGGCAAGCAGGCUUGAGUCAGAGCCGGGGGGGCUCCAGUUCUUCUUCUAGAGGCAGAGGAAGUGCACUGCUUGUCCUUCAGGGCACCGGGAGCAACUUCUCUCGUGGGGGCUACUCGGGCAGUCGUGGGUACAGCAAUGGCUCCGUGUACUCCGGCGUGAUGCGGGCCGACAAGUCCCACAAUCGCUACCACCCCAUUGGACUCGGGGGUGGCUACAACAUGUACAACUGGAACUAGUUGUACCACUUAGUGUUUCUUUUAGAGUAACUCAGACUUCCAGACCUUGUUUCAGUUUUAUUUGACUAGCCACUAAAGCACACUUACUUGUUUAUUUUUGUAAUUGAAUGUAUUGUCCCUACGUAAAGUAUAUGUACGAGAUGUACAGUUUAGUUGUGCGUGUGUAUAAAAGGUUAAUAUUUAAAAUAUUUAUGUUUAUAAAUAUAAGAACUAUAGAUUUUGUAAUGUAAGAUAGGUUCUGAUUUGAGUAGCUAUAUGUAGAAAAGCCAUUUUGUUUUCUGCGUCAUUGGAAAUUCUUUAAGAUUAUUGUAAUAUAAGAUGUUUUGGUGUAAUUGAAUAAUAUUAGUAAAAUUUUAUUUAUUUUGAAAAUUCUACUAGAAAUAAUUACAGCUAGUAAAUAUUCUGAUAUUCUUCGGAUAGCACUUAUAAAGUUAUAAAUUAUUGUUUGACUUAGUAUGUAAUGUUUGUUUUUGAGGUAGUUAGUAUAGUGUUUAAAAAUAUGUAAUGACAUUGUUUUAGUUGCAGCAUGUGAAAAUUAGAAUUUUUUUAGCUCAUGAUAAAAAAAUAUUUUCCAUGAUAAUAACUACAAAAUAUAUUUUCAUGGUAAUUUUGUUUUUUGUUUAUUACCUCAUGUAAUAAUAUUUAUUAAUGUAGGCUGCUGGUAUCUAUGCUUAACAGAUGAUCAAGUGGAUGUGGUAGUAUAAAAACAAACUCUUUGGCAAAGUUCCCUACGUGUAGAUAGAAAUUAUUGUUGUUGCACAUUUUUUAUGUCUUACAAUAUAACAUGCAGCAAAGUUCUCUUAGUUUUAUUAAAUUUCCAUAAUAUUACAUCUCAGAAUUUUUAGUUUGAAAGGAUGUUUUUUUUUGUUUCAUAUUGCUGUAUUUAAUAAAGACCUAAAAUUAUCUUAAAUCCAAUUCUUACUGUUUUCUAAUGGUCUGAAUAUCAUUCUAUGUUAAUGUUUCUGUAAUUCAGUUUUUAUAAAUCUGCAAAAAUUUUAUUCAUUUACUGAUUGUGGUAGUUUUGGAAAAAUAUUCAAUGUAUUAAAUGCCUUUCUGGCCAUUACAA